AUGUCGACGUUUUUCCAAAAGCAGCAGCAGGUUGCUGCGCUGGACCCGCGUCUCGGCAGCCUGAUGGCGAGUGCGGGUCUCUAUAACCUGCGCGCGCUCAUUAAAGGCGUGCGUGCAUGCAAAACGCUCGCAGAUGAGCGGUCGCUUCUGCAGAAAGAGAGCGCGGCAAUUCGUACAUCCUUCAAGGAUGAUGAUGCGUACAUGCGGUACAACAACCUCUCGAAACUCUUGUAUAUUCAUAUGCUUGGCUACCCGGCGCACUUUGGCCAGAUGGAGUGCCUGAAACUCGUUGCAUCGCCACGUUUUACAGACAAGCGCCUUGGGUACCUAGGCAUUAUGCUUCUCCUAGACGAGAAUGCGCAGGUGCUCAUGCUGAUUACCAAUGGUUUAAAGAAUGAUAUGAAUCACUCCAAUAUGUUUGUCGUGGGUUUGGCCUUGUGUACUUUCGCCAACAUUGCCUCGGAAGAAAUGUCCCGCGAUUUGUGCAAUGAAGUCGAGAAGCUCAUGGGCAGCUCCAACUCGUAUAUCCGCAAGAAAGCAGCGCUCUGUGCCAAGCGCAUCAUUCGCAAAGUGCCUGACCUGGUAGACCAUUUCCAGAAACGUACUUUGCAGCUGCUGAGUGACAAGAGCCAUGGUGUGCUCUUGUGUGCUUUGAGCUUAGCGAUUCAGAUCUGUGAGACGGACUCGAAUGUCAUCCCGUUGUUCCGCCGAGCCACUUCCGCUUUGGUUGCCAUGCUGCGAAAUCUGUUGACGACCAGUUUUUCGCCUGAACACGACGUGGCCGGUGUCACGGAUCCUUUCCUGCAGACCAAGAUCCUUCGUUUCCUGCGCUUGCUGGGUCGAGACAGCGUGGAAGUCUCGGAAUCGAUCAAUGAUAUCCUUGCCCAGGUAGCCACGAACACCGACUCAAGCAAGACUGUGGGCAACAGCAUCUUGUAUGAGUGUGUCCUCACCAUUCUGGAGAUUCGCGCGGAUUCGGCGCUACGUGUAAUGGCGAUUAAUAUCCUGGGCAAGUUCCUGGGCAAUCAUGACAACAACAUUCGCUACGUGGCGCUCAAUACACUUAACAAGGUGGUAUCGAUUGAUACCAAUGCCGUGCAGCGUCAUCGCUCCACGAUUUUGGAGUGCUUGCGUGAUGCAGACAUCUCUAUCCGCCGACGUGCGCUAGAACUAACCUAUACACUGAUCAACGAGUCGACAGUGCAAGCGCUAAUGCGCGAGCUCUUGCAGUUCCUCGAAGUGGCAGACAAUGAGUUCAAGUUGACAUUGACGACUCGUAUCUGCAUCGCAGCAGAACGAUACGCACCGAACAAGCAGUGGCACAUGGACACCAUGUUGCAAGUGCUGCGUCUUGCCGGCAACUAUAUCCGGGAAGAUGUGCUGGCCUCUUUCCUCCUCUUGGUAUGCCAUACGCCAGAGCUGCAAGAGUAUGCCGUCAAGCAUCUGUAUGCUGCGCUACAUGCGGACAUGUCUCAAGCGAGUCAGACGUUGGCGGCCGUAUGGGUCAUGGGUGAAUACAGUGACGUGCUGCUGGAGAUGGGCCGUAUUACCGUUGAUGGUGUGACGCAUGACGUAUCACCGGAAGCGGUGGUGGAUUUGUUGGCAUCGUUGCUCGAUUCCGUGUAUGCCACUGAGAAUACGCGUGAGUAUGUGUUGACAACGCUAGCGAAGUUGCACACGCGAAUGCAUGACAAGGUGCAGCAAGCUCGUAUUGUGUCGAUUUUGCAGCACUACGAGAAGAGCAUCGAUGUGGAAGUGCAAAAACGUGCGCUUGAAUAUACCGCGCUGCUCAAGCGCGCCUCGAUUCGCGAUGGUGUGCUGGAAGUCAUGCCACUCCCAGAGUUGCGGCCUCUGGUCGUAGAGACAGUGACCGAUGCAAAGAGCUCGGCGCCGGCAGCCAGUUCGGCCCUGCUUGAUAUGCAGGGCACAGUGGAGGAGGCAGCCGCGCCCAAGCAGAGCACCAAUGAUUUGCUAGCGGAUCUAUUUGGUGGAGAGAGCAGCACGACGGCCAGCGUACCAGCCAAGCCCGCGUCGAGGUCGAAAGCUAGUCACAGCGAUAUCCUGGGCUUGUUUGACACGCCCGCGUCGACCAGCACAGACGUUUCCAAGACGACCAAGGCGAUGCAAAACUUGGACUUGUUUAGCGAGGAGCCGGCACCGCAGCAGGCUUCGCAGCCAGAGAGCGAGGCGUACCACCGGCACGGCCUGCGGCUCGCCUUUACGGUCGAGAAAACAGGCGAUAGUGUGCAAGUGCAAGCUCGAUUUACGGCCACGGAUGGGGCUGCGGUGGAAGGGCUGUCAUUGCAAGCGGCCGUCCCGAAAUCACAACAACUACAGAUGUUUGCGCUAUCGAGUGCGACAGUGCAGCCUGGCGACGUCGCGACGCAAGACAUGCGCAUCUCAGGUGUCGGCGCGGCAGCAUUGCGAUUGCGUAUUCGUAUUGCGUUUACGGUCCAUGGCGAGCAAGUACGAGACCAAGUGGAUUGGACGCAUAUGUAA